GCAUCGAUUUUAAAGUCCACGCCGCUCGCCUGGGCUGCUGAAGCGGCGAAAAGAUGGCUAGCUCAGCGCGGCUCCUCCUCGCCCGCUGGCCUCGGCUCUUGGCCAGGAACAGGACUUCCACGGCGCUAGCCCUCCCGGGGAGAGAGGUGCAUCAGUAUCAAGAACUGAAAAAUUCUUCCUGCCUCCAACCAAAAAUGCCUCCAUGUGACUUUGUACCUGAGAAGUAUGAUUCCCACACUUAUGAACAAAUACUGAAGAUCCGCCAAGACAACGUGUUCCCGUCCCUAUUAACUUGUUAUAAGAGGCCACUCCUGAUCCAUCAAGGACACAUGCAGUGGCUGUUUGACUUUGAAGGACGAAGAUACCUUGAUUUCUUUGCUGGAAUCGCUACUGUCAGUGUUGGUCACUGCCAUCCGAAAGUAACUGCAGCAGGUCAGAAACAACUUGGCCGCCUGGGACACACGAGCAACAUCUACUUGCAUCCAGGAAUCCAAGAAUAUUCCAAGAAGCUGACUGCGCUGCUUCCCGGCUCCUUAAAGGUAGCUUAUCUGACUAAUAGUGGUACUGAAGCAAACGACCUGGCAUUAUUAAUAGCAAGAAUUUUCACCCACAACAAUGAUGUCAUUUGUUUGAGGGGCAGCUACCAUGGAGGUAGUACAUAUGUUAUGGGCGUCACAGCCAUAGGAAGGUACAAGCAUGCUGUUGCCAAUGGAGUCAACUGCCACUCGACAAUGUUACCUGAUGUUUUCCGUGGUCCUUGGGGAGGAAGCCACUGCCGUGAUUCUCCAGUGCAAACAAUUCGAAAGUGCUCCUGUUCCUCAGGAACCUGCCAUGCAAACGAUCAAUACAUUGCACAAUUCAAGGACACACUCCAAACUUGCGUUCCAAACAAAGUCGCUGCAUUUAUUGCUGAGCCAAUUCAAGGUGUAAAUGGAGCUGUUCAGUUUCCCAAAGGAUUCCUAAAGGAGGCUUAUCAGUUGGUGCGUGAAAGAGGAGGUCUCUGCAUAGCAGAUGAGGUUCAGACUGGAUUUGGUCGAACGGGCAGUCAUUUCUGGGGAUUUCAAGGUCACGAUGUCAUUCCAGACAUAGUUACCAUGGCCAAAGGAAUUGGUAACGGCUUUCCCAUGGCAGCAGUUGUGACCACAGCGGAAAUUGCACAUAGUUUGACAGAGAACCUCCAUUUCAACACAUUUGGAGGCAAUCCUAUGGCAUGUGCAGUUGGAUCUGCGGUCCUGGAUGCAAUAGCAGAAGAUGGCUUGCAGAAAAAUUGCCAAGAGAUUGGAACUCACUUGCUCUUAGAGUUUGCAAAGCUGCGGGAUAAGUUUGAAAUUAUUGGAGAUGUUCGUGGCAAAGGACUUAUGAUUGGGAUAGAGAUGGUCAAGAAUAAGGAAACUUGCCAGCCACUUCCAGCUGAAGAGAUGGACCAGAUUUGGGAAGACUGCAAAGAUAUGGGGUUGCUGAUUGGCAAAGGAGGGAUAUAUUUACAGACAUUUAGAAUUAAACCUCCGAUGUGCAUUACUAAGGAAGAUGCGGAUUUUGCAGUGGCCGUCUUCCAUGAAGCCUUAAUAAGACAUAUGGAAAGAACAGCUGAAAACUAGAACUUCCCCCCCUCCCCCGGACCUGAAAUACAUUUGACUCAUUGUGAAUAAAUCCAUGAACCAGAACUCAAUGCUUGGAGCAUUGAUUCAUAAUAAUCAUUUUUUGAGAUUAAUCUGGAUAAGGUUACAUACAGAAAGAAACAGGCUUCUCAGCACGCAACUCCAUUUGGCUGUUUUAUUACUUGUGCAGCAGCUGGACAUUAUGUGCGCAGCUUAUUUAGAGAAGCCCAGCUGAUGUUUUGGCUGAGCACAUGGGAGCCAUCUUUUCUUCCUGUCUACACAAAGGGAUUUUAAGAUUGAGUGCUGAGAUUACGCUUCUGCCGGGAAAAUCACUGGAAACACAGCUGAGCAGCAGAAUAUAAAUUCUUUCCAAUCCUCUCCCAUAAUAAGGGCUCAAGCUAAUUCUCUUGCUGUUCCUCUUUGAAUUACAGGUGGGAAAGCACAUAUCCAAAUCCUUUAAUGUUUUGACAGAAUGCAAUUUCAUAAAGUAGAAACUAGAACGUGAAACACUGUAUUAUGUUGAACAGACAUUCAGAAAACCUACUGCUAAUUUCUGAGGGGCAACAAACACUUCCCCCACCAGCUAGAACAGAGUGAAGGUUUCAUGCUGAUUAGUGCUUUAAUAAAUACUCUUAGCAUACAUUAAGAUAAAAGAAUAUUAAUCCAAUUCUUAGCUCUUGGAUCAGGGAUGAAGAAGCUAAAGCUGAACUGACACUUGCAAAUCUUGCUUAUCCGGGCUAACUGAGAUGGCUCUGAGCAUAAGAAUCAUAUGGAGUUCCAGAAUUUCCUUUAGUAGAUAAUUUACUUAAGCCUCUUUUGCUGAAGAACCUUGGGCAUUAGAAUAUAGCAAGAACAAGAGAGCUACAGUUCCCCAAAUAUCUUUCAUAGCAGUGGUUUUCAAUCAGUGGUUACCACAGAUGGGACUUACAAACUUCAUACAUGGCACACGGAAGGUGGUGUUGGAACUUAAAACAUACAAUAAAAGAAUAACUUUAAAGUCUUGAAAA